ACGACGAAUGCAGCGUGUACCUUCGACCGGAAAUGAGGAAGUGCUACGUCACUGACACUUGUUGAUAAUUGUGAUGUUCGUUGUCUCGAUUCACGCUUUAUGUAAUUUGUGAAGAAACUAAAGAAUAAUGGCUCAACCAUCACCCGUUUUGCAUAAAGGAAUUGUAAAGCAGGUCUUAUCUGGGGACAGUGUAAUAAUCAGGGAACAACCCAGAGGCGGUCCACCACCAGAAAAAAAUUUGGGUUUAUCAAACGUAACUGCUCCUAAAUUAUGUCGGCGACCAACGUUGGCUGUUUCAGCUGAAAGUAGAGACGAACCAUUUGCCUGGGAAAGCAGAGAGUUUCUAAGAAAACAAUUGAUUGGAAAAGAAGUGUUUUAUUCUGUGGAAUAUAAUGCCCCUGGCUCUAAUAAACACUAUGGUUGUAUAUAUCUUAAGAAUGGGGAUCAGUUGGUUAAUGUCACAGAACUUAGUGUAAUGGAAGGUUUACUUGAGGUCAAAAGAGGAGGCAUAAAAUUAAACGAUGAUCAAAGUAAAUUGAUUGACUUAGAAGAGGCAGCCAAAGCUGCAGAAAAGGGGAAAUGGGCAACCAAUGCUAGUGAGCAUGUCAGGAAUAUACAUUGGAGCAUUGAAAAUCCUAAACAUUUUGUUGAUUCAAACAAUGGAAAAGACUUUGAAGCAAUCAUUGAACAUGUGCGUGAUGGAUGUACAGUAAGAGCAUUUCUUCUCCCCGAUUUCUAUCAUGUCACAGUUAUGAUGACAGGAAUUAAGACCCCAAUGUUCAAGCGUGAUGGACCAAAUGAAACUCCCGAACCUUUUGCUGUUGAGGCAAAGUUUUUCACUGAGUCAAGACUAUUGCAAAGAGAAGUGAAAAUAAGAUUAGAUGGUGUUUCAAAUGCAAACUUCUUGGGAACUGUAAUACAUCCAGCUGGUAAUAUUGCUCAAUUGUUACUACGAGAAGGCUUUGCUCGAUGUGUAGAUUGGAGUAUGUCUGUUUUGCCAUCAGGUCACGAUGUGUAUAGAAGUGCUGAAAGAUCAUCGAAACAAAUGAAAAAACGAAUGUGGAAAGAUUACCAACCAACUACACCAAGCGUCAACAUAGAUAACAAAGAGUUUACUGGGAAGGUGAUAGAAGUUAUAAAUUCUGACGCUAUGGUCGUUAAACGUUCAGAUGGAACUAGUAAAAAGAUAUUUUUGUCAAGUCUAAGACCACCAAGAUCUGCAACACGCGAAGAUGGCGAACAAUCGUCUGGUAACAAGAAAUCGCGUCCAUUGUAUGACGUUCCCUAUAUGUUUGAGGCUCGAGAGUUUCUUAGAAAUAAACUUAUUGGAAAAAAGGUAAAUGUUUGUGUUGACUACAUCAAGCCUGCUAGUGAUGGCUAUCCCGAAAAGACCUGUGUUACUGUGACCAUUGGAACUAUCAAUGUUGCUGAGGCAUUGAUUAGCAAAGGCUUAGCAACGGCAUUACGUCAUCGACAAGAUGACGAUCAGCGAUCUUCUCAUUAUGAUGACUUAUUGAGUGCUGAAACGAGGGCUAUAAAAAAUGGAAAAGGUUUACACAGCAAGAAAGAAGCUCCUACACAUAGAAUAUCAGAUGUAUCUGGUGACGUUUCAAAGGCCAAGCAAUUUCUGCCCUUUCUACAGAGAGCUGGUCGUAUUAAUGGUAUUGUAGAAUUUGUUGCUAGUGGCUCAAGACUGCGUGUGUAUCUUCCAAAAGAAACCUGCGUCAUUACUUUACUUUUGGCUGGAAUUGAGUGUCCUCGAAUGCAAUCUAACGGAAAUCAGGGUAUUGUGAUCUCAGGACAACCUUACGGAGAAGAAGCUUAUAUUUAUACAAAAGAACACUGCUUACAGAAAGACGUGGAAAUUGAAGUGUCCACGUGUGAUCGAGCUGGAAAUUUCAUUGGUUGGCUUUUUAUUGAAGAUGUAAACCUUUCGUUGUCUUUAGUUAAGGAGGGUUUGUCUAGUGUUCACUUCAGUGCCGAGAAAUCUCCAUUUUACAGUCAUCUAGUAAUGGCAGAGGAAAACGCUAAAUCAGCAAAAUUGAAGAUCUGGGCGAACUAUGAGGAAACAAAACCCGUUGAAGUUGUCGACGAUACUUCUGAAAGGCAAUGUAAUUAUGAAAAGGUUGUGGUGACGGAAGUUGGGACACCUUUGUGCUUUUGGGUACAGCAUGCAGACACUGCUAAAGAUAUAGAGCAAAUGAUGGAAAGACUGAGGGCAAGUCUUUCCGCUAAUCCACCAGUGCCAGGCUCUUAUACGGCGCGCCGUGGGGACCUCUGUGCUGCGCUGUUCAUCGACAAUAAUUGGUAUCGAGCGAGGAUUCUGAAGAAUGCUGGACCAAAAGAAAUCACAGUACUUUAUAUUGACUUUGGAAAUAUUGAAGUUCUUCCAAUAUCAAAGAUUAGAGCUCUACCUCACGAGUUCUUGAGUAUGAAACCCCAAGCUGUUGAAUAUUAUGUUGCAUUGGUCAGAGAACCAAAUGACGAGGAAAUGAAAGGCGAUUUGGAUGAUUUUUUUAGAAAUAAAAUAUUGAACCAGAUGUUUUUACUGAAUAAAGAAUACAAAAUCAAUAACCAGGAAUAUGUUACUCUGAGUAACACGGAAAGUAAGGAAGAUAUUGGUCGUACUUUGAUUGCCGAGGGCCUGGCCCUAGUAGAGAAGCGAAACGAGAAACGGUUUCAAAAAAUGGUCAAAGAUUAUCUCAGCGCCCAAGAGAGUGCCAAGAAAAACAGGCUAAACAUGUGGCGAUACGGUGAUAUUACUGAUGAUGAUGCUAAGGAAUUUGGAUAUUCUGCAAAGUGAAUGAUAAAUAUGAAAAUGUUGAAUGAAAAUUCUUAACUUUUUGGCGGUUGUUGUCUAACUUGUAUGUAAAAUGCUUUGAAAUUAUAAUUUUAUCAAUUAAAAGUUGAAAUGCGGAGUA